AUGUCUCCAGCAUUCAGUUCUAAUAUUCGUAAUCAUCCAAAAUGUCAUGAUAGAACAUCACAAUUGUCAAUGACAAGUAAUCAGAUUCGUACAUUAAUUAAUGUUUAUCCACAACACACCAUUAUGCUGCCACAAUUUCACCAAACGCUUUCACAUCAUUUACCCAUCAAUGUUCCAUUAACUGAGCAAUCAUUAACAGAAUUUGUUUCACCAUUCGAAUUACGGCAAGCAAUGAAAGUUGUCUAUCAGCAACAACAGACUCCAACGUUCGCAGCAGCCGCCACUACUGCUUUUUAUCAAUUUUACUAUCCACAAUUAGUUACUUCACUUUCAUCAUCCGACUCCAAUGAUCAACGAGUUCAAAAAGAAUUAUUGACAAAUACUAGCGUCAUAAACAAUAAUUAUUCAAGUGUUAGUACAGAUUUUAUUCCUCGUGAUAAAUCACCAUCCACUAUGAACAGUAUCUCACUAUCAGACAAUACUUCGUGUAGAAACAACCUUAAAAAUGAAUCAACAAUGAAAGAGCAAAAGAGGCGGUUCGAUUUUACCAAAUUGGCUAUGGAAGCUGUCAAAGAUAAAGAAUCAAAAUCAGAUUUACCACCUGCAGUUAUCACCAGUGGAAUUUCACUUUAUUGUCUAAAUAGAUCUAUUGAAAAUGAUCGUGAAAAAACCAGUGCUUUUACACCUGUAUCAAUGUUAAAACAACAACCCCAACAGCCGUUAAUGAAAAAACUUUUUAGUGGUGGAAAACGCAGACGAAAAAAAGAAUAUAUUUGCAAAUUUUGUGCAAGACAUUUUACAAAAUCCUAUAAUUUAUCGAUACAUGUACGAACACACACAAAUGAACGGCCGUUUACAUGUGAUAUUUGUUUUAAAGCAUUUCGACGACAAGAUCAUCUACGAGAUCAUAAAUACAUUCAUUCAAAAGAAAAACCAUUCAAAUGUUUAGACUGUGGGAAAGGUUUUUGUCAACAACGAACAUUGUCUGUUCAUAAAUCAGUUCAUCAACAAACAAAUUCAAGAUAG